CUAAAAGCUCUGGCAGUCUGAACACACGUACAACUACCCGUUCGGUUAACGGAGCGUGUGUGUGUGUGUGUGUGUGUCAGAUGACCACAAACUUUUUCCAUUGCGCCUCAAAUCUUCCGUAUGGCUGGAAAGUGCCACAUUUAGGCCUGCAGUGCAUCAAAAAGCUUCGUCUAACACACUUUCCUUCACUCUCAUCCCUCGGGCUCUGUUUUUAAUCAUGAUUUGAAGACUUUUUUCUUUCACAGUCGUGGAAAGGAAGCUCAGGUUUAAAUCAUGGGUGACUGGAGCACCUUGGCGAAGUUGCUGGAUAAGGUGCAGGUGUACUCUACGGCUGGAGGCAAGCUCUGGCUCUCUGUCCUCUUCAUCUUCCGCAUCCUGGUUUUGGGAACAGCCGUGGAGUCGGCGUGGGGUGACGAGCAAUCUGCGUUUGAGUGUAACACACAGCAGCCUGGCUGUGAAAACGUCUGCUACGACAAAUCCUUCCCCAUCUCACACGUGCGCUUCUGGGUCCUGCAGAUCAUCUUCGUCUCCGUGCCGACACUCCUCUACCUCGGCCACGUGCUCUUCCUCAUGCACAAGGAUGAGAAGCUGAAAAAGAAGGAGGAGAGGCUGAGGAAAGCCGAAAGGGAAGGGAGCAACGUCCACGCUCGCCUUCACAAAAUCCAAGUCAAGAAGUUCAAGUACGGCUUGGAGGAACCGGGAAAGAUUAAAAUGCGAGGAGCUUUGUUUUAUACCUAUAUCGUAAGCGUGGUGUUGAAAUCUGUAUUCGAGGUGGCAUUCUUGCUCAUACAGUGGUACCUUUACGGAUUCCAUUUAUCAGCCGUUUACACGUGCGAGAGGUUCCCUUGCCCACAUAAAGUCGACUGCUUCCUGUCUCGUCCGACGGAGAAAACCGUCUUCAUCAUGUUCAUGCUGGUUGUGUCCCUGAUCUCACUGGCUCUUAAUGUCUUUGAGUUUUUCUAUGCCAUCUUUAAGAGGAUGAAGGAUCACUUCAGAGAGGCGGAGAAGCUGCUGGACUUGGACAGCGCGAUCAGGCCGUGUCCUGGAGAAGACCUGUCCAGCUAUGGGUACCACUGUUCGGCUCCUGCGUCUAAUUUGGGCUACAAUUUGGACACGGUCGAUAAAUCUAACUCUUCGGACAAUUUUGACAAACAAGCCAACGAGCAAAACUGGACUAACUACAGCACAGAGCAAAAUCAGCUUGGCCAGAGAGAUUAUUGCCCGUCUCAGACGUUUGUGUAUCCACAAAAAAUGCCUCUGGGUAAAGACCUCAUGCUUCUUAAACAGCUCGACCCUCGACCUCAGAGUCGCUCUAGCAGUCGUGCCCGACCAGAUGAUCUGGACAUCUAGGAGCUUAGACUAUUUUUUUCUUUUCUCUCUCGAAAAAUGUUCUCAUUGAUGUGCUCUAAAUACUGUGAGCUACAAAAGAAAUACAUUUGGGCAAUUCCAUGCAAACGUACUGUAUUAUUUUGACCACGUAAGCAAUUUAACCUAAAUGCUACAUUUCAUUUUUAUUAUGCGCAUUAUUACUCUAUUCUUAAUCCUUGAUAUUUUCAGUUGUUUUAUACAACAGCUCUCUAAUAUUUACAGUCUGUAAAGAAGCUAUAAUGCCUUGUUUUCCUAUUUAAUUAUGGGCCAUAAACUAAGGAAAUCAAUCAAAGGCUUUUCUAUUUUUGGGUAUAAUUGGGUUAGCAGUGAUUAGUAGAACAACAGAAUAUGGAUCCACAUUAUAAUUUACUCUGAACGACAAAAAAAAUAAAAAGCAGAAUAUUCUGGAUUUUUGUGGAACCGAGCGCAACAGCACCACAUCUGGUGCUGAGAAAUAUAUACACAAUAGUAAAAAGUAAAGUUCGAGGUGAAACUGUGGCUGAUUUCUUUCUAGCCCAGACUGUAGUCAUGCAGCAGUGAUGGGUAAUCUCUCAAAGCCCUAGAUAUUUUACAUUUGAGUUGAUAUUUUCACAUCAGAAACACUGCCAAUGGUGUAAUGGGCUCGGAGGUAUCUUUUUGCCCUUUUUCAUCAAGAAUUUAGAAGACUAAGGACAUAAAAAUAAAAUUACACAAAAGAACAGAUGACUCCGGUGGUUUUGGGGUUCGAACGAAAGGGUUACAGCUGAUUUCUAACGUAUUUGGUAUAUAAAGGCAAAUGGGAAUGAACCUAGAGGAGCAUCACUGAUUCAAAGCGCUUACUUUGUGUAUUUGUUUAAUAGGAAUAGCUUUCCCACAUGAUUCCUCUCAUCCUAUUGAGGAAAUCUUGUGAUCAGUAUGCCUUACUCAACCCCAAUCCUUUCACCGAUGCAGGUUAGAUUUCAUCCAUCGCUGUAGGAUCAUCACAGCUCUUCAAAAUCUCAUUUUUCUAUGCGACGCUUUGCAAGGACACAUGAUGCUGCAAUGCUGCUUAGAAAGUCUAUAGUAUGAGAGCUUUAAUCUUCGCAUCGAUCUAAUAACACUGGAAUUGCCUAAAAUUAUGUUUAUUAUGAAUUACAGUAGCAGGAGUUUUAAGACGUACUGUUAAAAGAAAAUACUUUGCUUUAAAAUACUUUAUAAUAUACUAUAUAAUACUUUAAUUUUAUUUAAAAAAAUUUUGAAAACCCUCUACGCUGACAUUUAGUUGACAAGAACAAACCAUGACUUUCAAUGUAAAGUCAAAGUAUUUCCUUUAUUUCUGAUAUUAAAAAUAGAAAACAAAUCCUGUUUUUAACUAUUAUACAGUAAUGAACUAUUACAGGUUCCUGUGUUUUCUAUUAAAUUUGAACUGCCCAAAUUGCACUAGGAGUUAUUGAGCUUGCUUGUUAAAAUCUUCACAGUGGAAGUGAUGAUAUUGCAUAAUCGCCGUUUGAUUGUAUUGUUGUGAUUUUAACACAAUUUAUUUCUCCUAUCAGAGAUUUUUCA